AUGACUUCCCGAUCCGUGGCGAGACGACGCCAGACCCUCCGAGAAACCCACGCCGUGCAGAAGAAUGGCGACGCCAUGACGCCCAAGGUCAUCAACGCCGGGCCCUCGCUCGAGAAGGCCCAGCUGUACGGGAUUUCCGACCAGCGGACCGCCUUUUCCAAGUUCAUGGGCCUCGCCGGCCGCAUCUUCAUCGAGACGAUACCGCAAUGGCUAGCCGUCGGCGCCAUGCUCAGUCUGAUCUUCGGCGGCUGCUGUUCGAAUUGUUGUCCCUUGGAACGUGAAAGCACACGGCGGCUGACGCGGAACAUGCAGGUCUUUGCGCUCGAAGCAAUCAUCAAGGUCGAACCAGCUAGCGGAACGCUGCUCACGUUUGUCCAAUUCCUCUUCGUGGCAGUCACCGGCUACGUCUCCCAGUUCGACCCGAAACGCCCCCCGUUCUUCAUAGCGCCGAACAAGGUCCCCAUCCGCCGUUGGCUCAUCAACAUUGUGCUGUUCUUCAGCAUCAACGUCCUGAACAACCACGCCUUCAGUUACGAUAUAUCCGUGCCCGUUCAUAUCAUCCUUAGGUCCGGCGGAAGCAUCACCACCAUGAUUGCGGGGAGCUUGUGGGGGAAGAAAUACUCGCGAAUCCAGAUCGUGGCCGUGCUGCUCCUUACCGUCGGGGUCAUCACGGCCGCCUUCUCGGACGCGCAGUCCAAGGCAAGCAGACAGCGCCACGCGGGGGUCGGCACUACGGCUGAAGGAUCGCACGGGCCCGCGCCCAGCUUCAGUACGGGGCUCGUCAUCCUCUUUGUGGCGCAAGUCUUGUCGGCCAUCAUGGGCCUGUACACGGAAGAGACGUACAAGAAGUACGGAGGCCACUGGAAGGAGAACCUGUUCUACUCUCAUCUGCUCUCGCUGCCGCUGUUCCUGCCGUUCAGCGCGUCGCUGUACAGACAGUUCAUGCGACUGGUCGACAGCCCGCCGCUGACACUGCCUGCCUACACGGAGCAGAUGGUGCUCCCGUCCAACCUUGGCGACAACUUCUGGGCGGGUCUGAAGCAGGUCCACAUCCCGAGCCAGGUCGUGUUCCUGGCGCUCAACGUGCUCACGCAGUACGCCUGCAUCCGCGGCGUCAACCUCCUGGCCGCGGUGUCGUCGGCGCUCACGGUCACGAUCGUACUGAACAUCCGCAAGCUAGUCAGCCUGCUGCUCAGCAUCUGGCUGUUCGGAAACCGGCUGGCGCCCGGGACGCUCGUCGGAGCGGUGGUGGUCUUCUCUGCGGGCGCUCUCUAUUCCCUGGACUCGGGCGGCCGAUCGUCGGCGCCGAGACACAAGAGCUCGGCGGUCAGCAAGGCGGGCUAG